AUGGGCCCACCAAUGAGUGGAGCGAAGGUCCUAGUGCCCGGAAUUCUGGGCCCCUCCACCGUGCAUUCGCGAGGCCAAACGGAGCUCUCCUCCCGGUGUCAGUUGCAGGAACCUUCCCUCUACACCAUCAAGGCUGUUUUCAUCCUAGAUAAUGAUGGGCACCGGCUGCUGGCCAAGUAUUAUGAUGACACAUUCCCCUCCAUGAAGGAGCAGAUGGUCUUCGAGAAAAAUGUCUUCAAUAAGACCAGCCGGACAGAGACUGAGGAGGCCAGCUGUGCUUGGCUCCCCCACCAACUUGGAAUGGGUCGCAAGGCACUGCGUGCACUGAUGCUCAUGUCUGUUCUCACCUGCCUGUUUGAGUCUCUGAACCACAUAUUAAGGAAGAACGUGGAGAAGCGCUGGUUGCUGGAGAACAUGGACGGAGCCUUCUUGGUGCUGGAUGAGAUUGUGGAUGGCGGCGUAAUUCUGGAGAGUGACCCCCAGCAAGUGAUCCAGAAAGUGAACUUUAGGGCAGAUGACAGCGGCUUCACUGAACAGAGUGUGGCCCAGGUUCUUCAGUCUGCCAAGGAACAAAUUAAAUGGUCAUUACUGAAAUGAAGGCUGUGGAUCAAGGCUACCUGCCCCCCCGAUCAUUCCCUCAAUAGUGGCAAAAACCUAAAUGUUCCAGGGGAAAGAGAGACCCUUCUGCAUCCCCAGACCCCUCCCAGAACUGACUUCUGAGGUCUCCUGCCAGGGAUUCUGAGAUGCAAAGGUUUGGUCCCAGCACUGAGUCACCCCUUCUCACCACCCUGGCCUGGCCCUUGGGACAUGGGAACCGGCUGAGCUGCCUUAACUCAGAUCUUAGGCCUACCUGGCCCGAGGGCCCUAAUAAACCUGCUUUGGUCUCCUGCCAA